ACAAACAAGUAGUAAUGCGAAAGAAAUUCUUUCACAAUUGCUUCCUUGUACUUCUUUUUCAGAUGAUGAUCAAUUGUUAUAUAAGGCUCUUCAUGAUCUUCAAGAUAUUGAAACAGGUUGGACAAAAGAACGUGUUCUUACAUACUGGAGAAAUCAUAAAAAUUAA